AACGUGCAGAUUACUGCCUCACUGCCUCCGCAAUCAAAUUGGACCGAAGCUAUUCAUGAAAUCUUUGCUCCUAUGAUGUCGACAUCAUGGUUGUGAUGUUCCGAGUCCGGUUAGAAGAAUUGCUAAUCAAAUUUAGUGCGCUGAAAAGCAAUUCAUCAUGGCAUAUGAUUGGCAGAUGACCUGUUGACAUUUAAAGAGCCUGCGCUGACAUGAAACAGGAACGGAUAUCCGUCCCCUAAUCCUCGAUACGCCCUCAAAACUCCGUCUGCCAUGGCUUCGAGAGGCAUACCACUGGAUACUGCUGCUAUAUUUUCAACCGCGAUGGAAGGAAUUCUAUAUGGCUUUUCAGUCCUCAUGUUUGUUGGUACCAUGUGGGCAUUGACCUACAAACGUCGUAUGAAGGAUAUAUCUCGCCCAAAUGUUGUGGUGGCAUGCAUGCUGCUGAUACUGAGUACCGCACACAUGAUAGUAGACAUCAUUCGUGUUGAGCAGGGUUUGGUUACCUAUCGCAACACAUUCCCAGGUGGACCAGUGGCGUUCUUUGCAGAUGUUACCCAAAUCACAUUCAUGGUCAAAAAUACAAUAUAUACCUUGCAAACAAUGCUUGGCGAUGCGAUGGUGAUCUAUCGCUGUUACGUCGUUUGGCGAUCUGUGUGGGUUAUUAUUGUCCCGAGUUUGUUGUGGUUAGGUAUCAUAGUGUGUGGCUCAGGUGCAGUCUACAGCCUUUCACAAGCAACUACCGAUGCCGAAAACAUCUUCGCUCAAUCAACUGGUCAAUGGAUUAAGGCCUUCUAUUCCAUGACACUUGCAAGUAAUUCACUGGCUUCAGGAUUUCUGGCAUAUCGGAUGUGGAGGAUGGAAUGCAAUAUAUCUGCAAAUCGCGUUACGAAGAACUCUAUGAUGCCAAUCGUGCGCGUGCUUGCGGAUGCCGCUAUUCUGUACUCUGUGACGCUCCUGUCGGGAUUAGUGUGUUUCGUUGAGGACAACAACGGACAGUAUGUUAUACUAGACAUGACUAUGCCGAUCAUCUCGAUUGCCUUCUACAUGGUUAUCAUCCGGAUGGCAAUGAAGACGGCAAGUCAUAGUUACCUCUCGGCUGUUAGGGUGGACAAGGAACGAGGGACCCCACAGCAAUAUCAUAUGAAGUGUGUGCCAGUUGAGGUGCACAUAUCCCGUAUCACGCACCAGGACAAUGACUCCACUUCAUCAUACUGAUCACCCAUCAAAUGUUCCUUGGCGGUGGCCGUAGAGAGGGAGCACCGUGCUUCUGAGUGUUUUCCGCGUUUUGACCUGUUGGAUAUUAUAAGACUAAUAGACAAGUCUCAGCGUUGUGGACAAAACCGCUGAGCAUUGAUAAUACUAAGAUUAUAUAGUACAAUAUAGAGUCCGGGAUGGCAAACCAGGAAUAUAUGAUCGAAGUUGCGAUUCAAGAGAUAUGA